AUGCUCACUUGCCCCAACUGUUCUGCUACAUUUGAUGUCAACAAAUAUUAUGGCAGGCAUAAGAAACAAUGUCUGAAGGAAGUGGAGACCUUUAUUUCUAAACAAAAUAAUCAAAGAAUCACUGUCAAGAAAAAUGACAAGGGUAAUUUUGAGUGCUACUGUUCUGAUAAUGGAUGCCCAGACCAGAAGAAAGUCUACAAAACCAUAGCGACUCUCAAAAAGCACAUGAAAAAAGUCAAGUCUCAUUGGAUUGGAUUAAGCAAGAUUGGACAACCUGAUCCAUAUCCACCUCAAGCCAUAGAUGGAUCAAUGACUGGUCAUCAGCCAACACCAACAUUCCAAGAAGAUCAACCCAUGGAUAUCGAUCAAGAUCUAGGAAUACAAGAGCAGUCUCAAUCCAAGGAAAUAAGCGGCCAACCACCUAUUUUGCAACUGGACCAUCAACCAGACCAUCAAGAUGGACUACUGCACCAUCCAUACCUAGACAGAAUUGGCAUGGCAGUGGAUGCAGACCUUCAAGUCCUAUGCUGUCUCAUCUGCCAGGUGUAUUGUCAAGCAAUCUCUGAGAUGGAAAUUGCCAUGACUCUUCUCAAUGGCAUCACUGGAGGUAAAGACAGCAAGGUAUUCAGAGGUCUAAAAGUAUAUGACAGUCUAGUCUGCAAUGCAUGUGCCUUCAUAUGUGGAUCCAAGAAAUGGAUGCAGACACAUCAUCAAGCAGAGCAUCCCUCUCUUAUCUUGCCCAAGCAGUGGUCCUCUUGCAAGAUGCAACAAUUGAACAAAGGGGCAAACAAGCGAUUCUGGCAGGAUGCUGAUGAUGAAGAACCAUUACAUGAUCAUCAGGAGGUCAUCGAUAGAUUGAGAAGAGAAAUGAACGAGGCAGUCAGAGUGGAACAGAUUGCUUCAGAGAAGUGCAUGACAUUACUGGACACCACAGACAAGCUGAUUCUGCAGAGGCUGAAUUUGCCUGAUCCAAUCAAAGAGGGAAUCAACAACACACCACUUCAUCAGCACCAAGAAAUGGCCACUCUCAAGGAAUACAUACAUCCAACAGCAGCCUUGCUAGUGAUGCUGAUAAGGACAGACAAAGAAGCAAGCUACUUUGUUCUAUUACCGGCAUGUCUAGAAGAUGUGAUCCAUGAUCUGCAGGUGUCUCUGAUGAAUGAAGAACGGAUCAUCCAAAGCAUGCAUGAGGUCCUCAAACAGGCAGAUGGAGGUCACAAGGAGGCCAGCUAUGUGAUGAAUCCUUUAGCAAAGCUAGAAUAUUGCAUACAACUUGUUUGCCUAGAAGAGACAAAGAUCCUAAGUGCUUCCACCUUUGAUGGGGAUGACGAAGCUGCUUUGGACUCUCUAUUACCUUGCACAAUGAGCACGCCUCGGGUCUGGUGGACGGACCGAAAGAAGUGGGAGGAGAUGUUGUACAAGGGCAACAAGGUGCAUAUAGACCACCUGAGGCAAAUGUUUGCUUUGAUGGAAAGCAAACUGGUGGACCUUUGGGAGAACAAGGUGCUGGUAGGAAUCAGCAUGCACGUAUGCUAUGAGGACAUCAAGGACGACAACACGAACCACGAUGUCGGCUACUCCUUUCUAUCAGAUCGCAGCAACAGUUGCUUUGCAGAUAGGGAUCGCUUUUUCAAGGCCAUCAUUGAGAAUCAAGAGACCUUUGGUCGGUUCGCCAUCAUUUGCGAUGGAGAGGUGAUUUGGGACAAAGGAGUGUUGAUGACUUGGUUGAGAGACUAUGCAGAGUUUCAAAAGCUAGUCCUAGCCAGAUGUGAGAUGCUCAGUGGAGCACCAGGCCGCAGCACUGAACUCACCACCAUGGUAUACAGAAACACCAAGCGCAACCUAGUGAUGCUAGGCAAGAACCUGACCAUGCUGAGGACAUAUCACAAGUCUAGAGUAUUGUCUGGGCUGGACAAGCUCAUUCCUCACUCCAUAAAUGGAGUGACAGCAGACCUGAUGAUCCAAGAUCUGGCCUUGACCAGACCAUUUGCAGAGAUAGCAGCUCAAAUCUGCUAUCCAGACAAGCCAGAGAUCAAAGAGAUGUAUCAGACACAUCUCUUCAUCAACAAGGACAAGCUGUUCAACACAGAUCAACUAUCCGCAACCAUGUUGAGGGAAAGCAUAUCUCACAUCAGCUUUGGACUCAGAACAAGCACCAACUGGCAGCUCUUGAUGCAUACCAUACCAGGAGGGCAUGGAUUAGCAUACACGGAUGCCAGUGUCAGUCAUUUCAAGGAGCUGGUACAGUCUGGUAAAUUUGGAUCAGACCACCAAACAGACCAAGCUCCAGCUACUCCCUCUCCCUCUCCACCUUCAUACAGUGAACAACAGCAGAGGAUCAUAGGCAAGUUAGAAGACAGGUUGGUCAAAGGACUUGAGGAAAGGUUGGUCAACCAAGUUAUAGAGCUGCUUGGUCCAGCACUGCAAGCAAUCAUCAAGGAUGUGGUCAACAAGGUGAUACCUCAAGAACCAGCUGUGCCUAUGAAUGCCGUAGAUUUCACUGACUUGUAUGCAACAAAUGACUUUGAAGAAGAACAUGUCAAUGAACAUUUCACAUCACCACCACCCAAUGAAAAUGGAGCUGCAGCAGAAUCAGAAGAUAUUGAUGGUCGGUGA